CCUAAUUAAAACGGUGUCAAAAACUUUUUAAAGUAUCUUUGUAAAGGGUAAGGAUUAAUUAUCCGUGCCGGGUAUAAUGAUCGGUAUCUGGCACAACCACGACAACACAGUCGCGUUGAGCGCGAGCGGCGCCGGGCGGGGCCGAUAGUACCAAGGAUCGCGCCCGCGCCGCCCGCAACCCCCGCACAACCGCCCCGCAGCCAUGGUGCGCGACAAGAAGCCGACGCAGAAGACCGACUCACAGAAAUCGAGCACGAAUUUAGUGGGCAAGUUCACCCAGAGCGUCCGUCGUAUCGUGCAAGAUGUCAAGGAUGAAGGCACAUCUAGCGGGCAGACGAAGGAAGAGGUGAUAGAAACCAAUGAACGUCUUCGCGGAGUGCGGGUGCGUCUCGAUGAGAACUAUGAUACGGCGAAGAAGGCGCUCGUCACACUCAUGGCUCGCUACAGCGAGUCCAAGUCCCAGAGAAACGUGUUCACAAGAUACGCAUUGCUCAAAGCUAUGAUAAAGGACGUAAUUCGACUCGAGACUCAGUACUGGUCAUUGGUGGAGAUCCCCCGGCAGGAGAAGGCGGAGACGGUGCCGGCGUUUGUGCUACGCGCCUGUGCCAUCAUGGAGAAGACGCAGAAAUCUGGUGAAGGAGUCAAGACAUCCGCCAAGUUGGCUGAAGAAGCUGCCGAUAAAAGAGAGCGGAUAGAAAGACUGAACGAUAUGACUACAAUCCAGAUAGAAACCGAAAACACCCAGAUGACUAAUGAUUUGUACCGUCUGUUGAAAAAAUAUACCGGUCUACGAAACUUAAUAAGGGAACUAAAGUCGGACUACGUGAGUUCCAAGGUGUAUCCGAUUUUCCCUCGCUACACUAUGCUCAAAGACAUGAUCAAGGACAUCAUGCACGACCCUGACUACAUGGAGGUGUGCCAUGAAGUGGAUCCAUAGCGCGGGGUGCGCAAAUAAAUGAGGCACUCUUUCACCGACCGACAAAGGUCGUGUCGUCGCUAGUUUCGCCAAGGACGUGCAACAGUUGGAAUUGGAAUGAAUCGGUGAUCUUAUGUCUACCAUCUUGAAAUUGUGCUAUCAAUUGACAACAUGUUAUUCAAACUAACGAUUUUUACAAAAAGAUAUAAUCAGUUUACAAAAUUCUGUUACUAAACUUUAUUUUGAAAAUCGAAGUGUUUGCAACGGUAUCCGUGUAUUUAAAGAUGGCGGAUAAAAGAUAGGGUGUGUUGGUGGAAUUGGCGGCGAUUAAUGUGACGAGUACUCGUUUAAUUUGCGCUACUUUGUUCAUUGGACUGUUUAUUUAGUGUAAGUUUAGAUUUUAGUGAGUCUGUACUCGUCCUUAUGUGUCGUUCGAUUUUAAUUUUGUCAGUUACCUUGUGCAACACAUUAAUGAUGCAGCUAAAAUCCAAUCUAAUCUUCUGAAGUUCUAACAAAAGACUUUGGCUGCUAAAUAUAUUCUUAGCCCUUUUUCUAUUUUACCCUGUGUUCUUAGUAGGUAACAAUGUCGAUGUUUAUUUCUUCAGCUUCAAUACUUAUUAUUGUGAAAGCAUUUGUGUCUAUACAUAUCCUUGUUGUCUCGCUGUAUCAAAAAGGAGCUUUUGAAAACAUAAUCAAAAUUAGCACUAGCUAGUCUAUCUAUCUACACAUAUCUUGUCUAUAUCACAUUAUACUACUAAUCCUACCAUUUUUCCUAAUCAUAAUAUCUUAUUUGUCUUAGAAUGUCUUAUAACUUUUUGUAAAUUAUAGAGACCCUGAUUUUCCUAGAAAUAUUAUCCAUCCACCUAAUUGUUAAACACUGAUAAUUUUUGUAAAACUUAGGCAACAUCUUAAUCCUUUACAGUAUCGCGAUCAAUAUGUAGAAAUCUACCUAUGUCAUGCUUAUAUUGAUACUUACUCAAGUGUAGGACAGCAAAAUAUAAUUAUAAAUGUAUGAAUGUACGUGGAUGUAAAUUACGUUGUAAAGCCAUUGCAUGUGUUCAAUAUUGUAACAUUGAUGAAUUGUGUGCUGAAAAUGAAAAAAAAAAAGAUCUGUAUUAAAUGUUACACCUAGACCGAGCAGGUCACGCUACUUUAAUCGGUUUAAUCGUUUUGAACUUCAUGUAUUUUAGUAAAAAAUUGAAAAUCCAUUGAAGAAACUUCAUAAACUGUAGUAGCUAAGUAAUUUGAUGUGCUGAUUUGUGCUUCCUGUGGUCUACUACCUAUGAUUACAUUAUCAAUACCUAUUUUAUUUCCAUUCUUUAA